AAGACACACCCUACAUUAAUAGUGUCUCAUAAACAACCCAUUCCCAAAUGGGAUUACAAUCACAGUCACAGAGGUUAGGAUUUACAACACAUAUUUUUGGGCACACAGUUCAAUCCGUUAACACCCUCUGUUCUUCUGACUAGAUAUAGAUUUUUGUUCUAGUUCAUUAACCAUUUCUUCUGCAUUCAAUCUUUUUAGUCCAUACAGUGAUUUUCAGAUAAUUGUACAUUUUAGUUCUAGUUCCCAUUUGGGUUUUUUUUUAAACAAUUUCCAUUUCUCAGAUGAAAUUUCCUAUUUUAUACAGUCGUUAUGAUCAUUUUAUCCUUUAUGUCCUAAAAAGCUGCUUUGAAGUUCUUGUCUGCUAAUUCUAACUGCUUUUUUCAUUGAGUAUGGGUCACAUUUUCCUGCUGCUUUACAUCUAAUAAUUUUUUAUUGUAUAAUGGACAUUGUGGAUACUACCUUGUAAGGAGCAUGAAUUAUGCCAUCUUCCUUUAAACGGUGAGUUUUGUUAGCAUGGGACGACUUCUGUUUGAACUUGGACCAAGAGCAUGACUCUUGCUCUAGGGCAGGGGUUGGAAAAAUACAGCCUAUAGGCUUGGCUCCUGUUUUUGUUAAUGAAGUUUCGUUGGAACACAGUCAUGCCCAUUUGUUAUUAUCAAAAGAUUACCUGCUCUGGGGCCUAGAGUUGAACAAUGAUAUCAGAAGUGCUUGGAAUUCCAGACCAGCCAGAGUGGAGAGACCUCAUUGAACACUUCAGGCACUUAGUUACUACUCUAGAAAGGUGACACCUUAGGAGUCAGAAGCAUACCCUAGAGCAGAGGUUGACAAAGUUUUUCUUAAAGAACUAGCUGUGAGCCAUAUGGUCUGUCAGUUAUUCACCUCAGCUGUUGUGGCGGAGCAUCCAUAACAAAUGGGUAUGACUGUGUUCCAACAAAACAUUAACAAAAACAGGAGUCUUGCAUAUCCUCAGGAAACCCUGAUAGUGUAGUGGUUAAGUGCUAAGGUCGGCAGUUCAAAUCCACCAGGCACUGCUUGGAAACUCUAUGGGGCUGCUAUGAAUCAGAAUCAACUGGACUGCAACGGAUCGGCAUAGCCUCAUCCUGCACAUGCACAUCCCUACCCCCACCCAGCAUCCUUGAUGAGUCUCCAUGGCUCUUUUCUCUUGAACUCUGUCCUAUAAAUUCCAGCUGCUUCAGCAACCCAAACUUCUGCCUCCUUAGCUAAGCAGAACUGCUACUCUCAACAGAAACCCAGGAUGAUCAAUUGUGGGGCUUUAACACCAUGUGUUACCCUUUACUCAGGGAUUACAGUCCUCGGUUGCCUGUUGUUCAAAUGCCUAGAAAGACCUCUCCACAUAUGUCUAGUUUUAUAGUUUUGUCUAGUUUUAUAGUUUUUGGUGGGGGGCAAAUCUGGUAUUAUUUACUGUUAUGGUCAGACAAAAGCUGCUUUUGCAAAAUUAAAGAUUCGAUAUUCUAUUUUAAAGAUUCAAUAUUCUAUUCAUGGCCUUUUAUUUAUCUGACACUCAGUGAGUUUAAUCUUUUUCAGGCUAAAUAUGUCCGGUUCCCUUAACUAAUCCUCGUAGUACAAAAUAGAAACUACAUAAGUCAUCAUAUGCUAGAGAUUCACAACUAUGACAGUCCUCAUCUUCAAGGAGCUCACACACAUCUCUUCUUCCCCUUUUAAAAAAAUCUCUCUGAAAUCUUCCUGGAACAUGUAGCAGGGCACACAGGACUAAAGAUAAUUAUAAGUAGAUGGCUGGAUUCCCUAUGUCUAGUCCCAUAUCAACCUUAUUAGGAGAAGGGGUGGGGAACAGAUCGGAAAAAUACAUAGCAGUAGGCCUGAGCAGAGGUCACUUUUCUUGGACUUCUUUAAUUAAUUAUGAACUAUUAAAAAAAAUACGUUAGUUCUUUCUUAAUAUCAGUGUUUUCAGAAAUAAGUCAACUAGAGUUCUAUUCAUUUUUAGAGCUAUUUCUUUCGUCCAUAGGCUUUAAGACAAUCAGACCAUUAAAACCUCAUUCAUUGCUUGUUCUCUUCUAUGGCUAAACCUCCCUACAGUGAAGUUGUUUUCUCUUGUUUUCAGCUACCCUUAAAUCCUAAGUUCAUUCAGUGACAACACCCCAGUUGGGAAGCUUAGCAGGAACUUACAAGCAUUACAGCCUAAUUUAGGGAGAGACCCUUAACAUUAAUUUUAUCUGAGCUUUCCAUAUAAUUUCAUAGGGAAUGUCUAAUUCAGAAGAAAAAAUAGGUAGCUUUGCCACAUCAAGACUCUGUUGUUUAGAAUUGGCACUAGUAUAAAGACUAUCAUUCUUUGCCAAGGCUUGGGGUUGUAAACAUUUGACCAGGGGACAAAGCCUUACUCUGGUAGCAACCAAAGAUGAAUAGGCUUAUGAGGUUUGGGUCAGGAGCAAAUUUUCAUAUGCUUGUUUCCCUUGACAGUAUAGAUCAGAGGUCAGCAAACGUUUUUUGUAAAGGGCCAGAGAGUAAAUAUUUUAGGCUUUCGGGCCACCUGCUCUCUGCUGAACAACUCUGCUGUUGUUGUAGGAAAGCAGCCAUAGAGAAUACGUAAAUGAAUGAGCAUGGCUGUACUGUAUUUAAAUUUAUUUACAAAUUUACAUAAUUAGAAAAACACAGCUGGGAUUUGACCCCUCGGCCAGUUUGCUGACCCCUGGUAUAACUAAAUAAAUCUAUCAACUGUUUUCAGUUUUAAAGAACUUUUUCAACAUCUUGAAAAGCUAUUUUUCUAUCUAGUAAACUGCCAUCUUUAUUGAGUGAUUGCCUUUUUUGAUAAGAUAAAGCUGUUACUGCAUAUUUCCGCCAAGUGACCAAAGCAAUAAAGAGGACUGUUUUUACAUGCCACCUAAUCAUACAGUAUUUUGCAUUCUAUAACUUCAAAAUGAAACAAACAUCCCUUCUCUUGACAGAUAAACACUACAGGUGACGAGUGGUGAAGGGAACAUUGAUUCCUGACGUGGCCCUGAAGAGGGAAAGCACUGGUCAGUAUCACGUGGACUUACCCUUAUUGUAUUCCAAAGAUGCUGCUGAAGUAGUCUUUCUACUGCUUUUCUCCACUUGGUCAAAGCUCUUCAUAACAUGGGCUGCAUGAAAUCAAAGCAAACUUUCCCAUUUCCUACCACAUUUGAGAAUGAGAAGCGACACGCAAGUGAAGAAAACUUUAUGCCGGAAGCUCCAGUUAUCAAAGAGAAUGUGAAGAUGACCCCAGAGCCCAAUAUUGUGGUCCUCGAAUAUGCACACCGUCUGUCCCAGGAAAUCCUGAAUGAUGCCUUGCAGCAGUGGGCAUGCAAUAACAUCAAAUACUGUGAUAUCCCAUACAUUGAGAGUGAGGGUCCUUGAUGCUGUAAGGGUGAUGACACUUUCUUAAACUGUGGUUAUAGUUGGUGCUAGUUUUAAAUACAUGAAACAAAAGCAAAAAUGGUGUGAAUAAGUACAUAUAACUAUCUAGGUGUUAAAAAAAAAGUCUAUGAUAACUUCCCUGUGUAGGAAUACAAGAUGAAAUGUGUUUUAAAAUGUUUUAUGUUAACAGCAAUUUCUACUUGCUUGAUCUUGGAUUUUAGUCACUUAAAGGGCACCACAGUAAUCAGCUACGUGUCACACCACUUUCUUCUUGAGGCAGUAGCAACAUCACCAAAGAAAAUGCUUAAGAAUAAAAUAUGCCACAAGUUCUGAAUGCUUAUUUUAAGGCAUACCUUUAAAAUAACCAACUACUUAUGUUAAUUUACACACACAAAAAAAGCUAAAGAUAUGAAGAGAGUUUUUCUUGAAAUGCCUUGGCAGGGGAAUAGCACUCAAGCCACAGUGAUAAUUAGCAGGUCUUGUUUGUCAAAAUCAUUUGUGUCAAGGAUCCCUACUUCUUGACACAAAGGAUCAAACAUCAGAAAGCAGCUCAUGUAGAAAAAAGAGGUCCAAUUUAACCCUAACCCUUGUCCUUAAUGAGAUAUUUACUUAUUUUUGUAAACAAAGAACUACUACCUUGAACCUCAGGGCCCUAACUAACCACCACUGUUACUGGAUGACUCAGACUUUGUGUCUUAAAAAGAUACGAUUUACAAAAGCCAUGAUAUUACAUAAAUGUCUACUGCAUUGAAUUAAGAAGCCCAGUGAUGUAACUAUAAAAGAAAACAAGUAUGGGUACCUUUUAUAAACCGCAAUUCAGCAAAUCUUAAAAUAACAGAGGCCUUGUCUGCAAGGUAGAAGGCAAAACCUGGUCUCAGUGCUUAAUGUGUAUUACACCAAACUCUCACAGGAGUAGACAGCUGGCAUACUGCCCACUUGCUCCUAAUUUUUGUUGCCUGGCGGGGCAGUCACCAUUCAAACUACUAUGGCACCAGAUAAUGCAUAAAGAUUAAUGUGUUGCAUUGCAGAACCAAAAAGAUUGAACACUCCUCCAA